AAAUUUUAACCCCGGGAAUGAACAUUCCCAGAGUUAUCCCGAACCUUUUAUCCCGGGGAUCCCGCUCAGAAAUCCCUUUUUCUCCCCCAUUCCCGAGGUUUUUCCCUCCUCCCAGAGCUCUCCGGGAUGGACGAGGAGCAUCUUGACGACGACCUGCGAGUGUUCAAAGGCCGGUCCCUCCUCCCGCGCUGGCUCCACUCGUUCCUGCCCGUUUAUGUCCUGCUGGGCCUUUCCUUCCUGCUCAGCGUCUCCCUCUGCGCCCUCUCCCUCUCCAGAGUUUCCGCCAUUUCCUCCAAGCUCCACGAGGUGAAUCCAGAGCGGGGGCAGAACUUUUCCAACCGGGAUUCUCUCCUGUUUCCCUGCGGGCCGGAUUCCCGGGAAUGGGAAUAUUUCCUUGGGAAUUGUUACUAUUUCUCGCUGGGCCGCGCCAGCUGGUUCCGGGCCAAGGCUCAGUGCGAGGAGCUGGGAUCGCACCUCGCCGUCAUCGACAGCUUCGCCGAGCAGGUGAUCCCAAACCCCCAUCCCGCCGGGAAUUCCCGCCGGGAAUCCUCCCCGAGAGCCCUUCCCGCGCUCCGCCGCCAGGGAGCGGCCGGGAACCGCGGCCAGGGGGGUUUUUUUGGGAUGCGGUUGGAUCGCGGC